AACGUUCCGCCAUUUUGGAGAGGUGGCCGGUGGGCGGGGAGGUGCUGGGGCCGGCGGGGAUUAUGGCUCCCGGUGUGAGAGGAGAUUUGCGGGAGACUGCAUUACCUUUGAACUCACCUAGUGUUGAAGGUGACGCUAUCAAAGUUUAUGUAAGGGUACGUCCCCCUUCAGAGGGAACUGUGUUAACUGAUGGAGAUCAAGGCUUGUGUUUAUCUGUUCUUUCAUCAAAUACCAUCCGUCUGCAUUCGAAGCCUGAGCCAAAGAUCUUCACUUUUGAUUACGUUGCAAAUAUGGAAACAACACAGGAGUCAGUGUUCUCAAGUGUGGCCAAAAAGAUUGUUGAAUCUUGUAUGAAUGGCUACAAUGGAACCAUCUUUGCAUAUGGCCAGACUGGGUCAGGAAAAACCUUUACUAUGAUGGGGCCAUCUGAUUCUGAUAACUUCACUCACAGUCUGAGAGGUGUAAUUCCACGGAGCUUUGAAUACUUAUUUUUUCUAAUUGAACGUGAAAAAGAAAAGGCUGGCAGUGGAAAGAGUUUUCUCUGCAAAUGCUCAUUUAUUGAAAUCUACAAUGAGCAGAUAUUUGACUUGCUAGAUUCUGCUUCAGCUGGACUCUUUCUCAGAGAACAUAUCAAGAAGGGAGUCUUUGUUGAUGGUGCCGUUGAACAGGUGUUGUCAUCUGCUGCUGAAGCAUACCAGGUAUUAACUAUGGGCUGGAGAAACCGUCGUGUAGCAUCAACCUCAAUGAACAGAGAAUCCUCACGAUCACAUGCAGUUUUCACUAUCACAGUGGAAUCCAUGGAGAAAAACAAUGAUGUUGUUAACAUUCGGUCUUCCCUGCUCAACCUGGUAGACUUGGCAGGAUCUGAGAGACAGAAAGACACCCAUACAGAAGGACUGAGGUUGAAGGAAGCAGGUAACAUAAAUCGAUCACUAAGCUGCCUGGGCCAAGUAAUCACAGCACUUGUUGAUGUGGGUAAUGGAAAACAGAGACACAUUUGUUACCGGGAUUCCAAGCUCACUUUUUUGUUACGGGAUUCUCUUGGUGGUAAUGCGAAAACAUGUAUAAUUGCAAAUGUUCAUCCAGGAUCCAGGUGUUUUGGUGAAACACUGUCUACUCUUAAUUUUGCUCAGCGAGCAAAGUUGAUCAAAAACAAGGCUGUGGUGAAUGAAGACACACAAGGGAAUGUGAGCCAACUGCAAGCUGAGGUCAAGAAGCUGAAAGAGCAGCUUGCACACCUUACUUCAGUGCCGUCUAUGCAUGAUAUUUCUGUAUCAGAGGGUGGUGUUGAAAAGGGGAAGAAGAACAUAAAUUACAGGAGUAACUUUCUUGAAGCAAUGUUGUUCUGGGAGAAAUCAGAAGGUGAAAAGAAGAAUUUAUUAGAAAAAAUUGCUCAACUAGAAGAUCUGUGUGCCAAGAAGGAGAAGUUUAUUCAGUCCAAUAAAAUGAUAGUUAAAUUCCGUGAAGACCAUAUUGUUCGCUUGGAGAGAUUACAUAAAGAGGCUGGUGGAAGUUUAAUGCCAAAAGAGCAAGAUGAUCUUCUCAGUGAAUUGAGGGAGGAAUUGCAGACACUCAGAGAACAGAUGGAGCAACAUCCACGAAUUGCAAAGUAUGCCAUGGAGAACCAUAACCUGAGAGAGGAGAAUAAAAGACUUCGUUCUUUACAGUCAGUUAAAAAGGCUCAAGAAAUUGAUGCUCAGACCAUUACAGAACUAGAGAAAGCUUUUUUGGAAGCUUCAACCACAGAGAAAAAUACUGGAGGUCAUCAUUUAUAUUCCACCACCGUAUCAGUGGAAGGUUCACUGGCAUCUGUUGAAAGGUUGAAAGCACGCCUGCUGCAGACUCAGAGUGAACUGGCAAGUUCAAAACAAGAAUAUGAAGAAUUUAAAGAGCUAACCAAGAAAAAGCAUAUGGAACUGGAAUCAGAGCUUCAGUCCCUUCAGAAAGCAAAUCAACAUCUUGAAAACAUUCUGGAGGCAACCAAAGCACACAAGCGCCGAGAAGUCUCUCAGUUACAUAAGCUCCACAGAGAAACUCUUAAGAACAUAACCACUCCAACAAAAGCUUACCAGCUAAGAUCUCGCCUAGUGCCGCGAAUAAGCCCAGAAAUCUUAGAUUAUCAUUCUGAAGAUUUUCAGUGUUCUAAAGAGAUGAUGGAUGACAUCUUGAAAGAGCCAGUUCCCCCAGAGAUGAAUGAACAAGCAUAUGAGGCCCUUGCUGAGGAGCUCAAAGUGGCACAGGAGCAGCUAAGCACAAUGCAGACAAAGCUGGAUGAAGAGGAAAGCAAGAAUAUAAAACUCCAGCAGCAUAUUAAUAAACUGGAGCAUCAUUCUGCACAAAUACAGGAGCUUCUUUCAUCCGAAAGGAAUGACUGGAGUAAAGAGCGCCAGGAGCUCCUUGAACAGAUAAAAUCGCUUGAAAAGCAAUUUCAAGACAGUCAAAGCAAGACUGAUAUAUUAAAAAGUGAAGUCUAUGACUUGCGCAUUGUCCUGCAGUCUGCAGACAAGGAGCUGUCUGCUGUAAAACUGGAAUAUAGUGCCUUUAGGGAAAAGCAAGAAAAAGAAAUAAGUCAGCUUUCUGGUAGACAUAUGGAUGUACAGUUCCAGCUGGACAGUGUCAGGCUAGAACACGAAAAGAUUCUUGAAGAAAAAGCAAGCCUGCAGGAUGACUAUGACAAUUUGCAGGAAGUAACGAAGUUUGAGACAGAUCAACUGAAGCAACAACUUGAGGACAGCAAACAAGAAGCAGAAGCAAUGAAAACUGAGAUUUGUAACCUUUUGAAACUCCUGAAAACAGAAAAAGAACAUAAUGAAAAACUAAUAUUACAAUUACAAGAAGAUAAAGAAAACAAUUCAAAGGAGCUCUUGAAAGUACUUGAAAAAGCACAGGUGGAGAAACCAUCCGCUGAAAUGGUGGCACGGUGUGAGCAACAGGAAGCAAAACUGCAGAAAUUGGAGCAGGAUCUGGCUGCUGCUGAAGAGUUUAUUGCUUCUCUGAAGAAGACAAACGAUGCAGAUAAGGAAGUUGUAACUGACUUGAUGAGACAGAUCCAGGAGCUGAGAUCUUCAAUUAAUCAUAAAACUGAGUCCAUAGAUGGGCUGACAAGAGAGCUCGAGGAUAUAAAUUACAAGUAUAAUCUUGUCCUGGCUGCAAAAGAAGAAAGCAAAGGAAUCAUAGAGGAUCAAGAAAAGAAGAUUGAAGAACUGAGAGAAGCCUUGGAGAGAAGACAAAUAGCUGAUAACAUUGAGAGAGACCUGCUGUGUGAAGACUUGCAUCAUACCACUGAUCAGCUGAUAAGACUGACAGAGGCGUCUAAGAAACAUGAUUCAUUGCUUCAGUGUGCACAGGAAGACAUAGCAAAGAAAGAAGCUCUGAUCCAGGAACUCAGGGAACAGCUGGACAAAAUGACAGAAGAACUGGAGAAGAGGAAGAAUGAAUAUGAACUAAAAAUUAAGCAAAUAGAUUGCUUUGUGGACUCAUCUUCAGUAACAUUUCCCCAGUGCCCAAAAACUCCCCCUAAUUUUGAUGUGGAUUUGGCAAAGCUCUUGAAAACUCACGAGCAAGAAAUAGCUGAUCGGAGGGCUUCUGCAAUAAAUCUGGAGCGUCUUGUGCAUGAACUGAAUGAAGAACGAACAGCUAAAAAUGAUGAAAUUCUAAGGCUGAAGGAACAAUUAAGUGAGAUGGAGAACUUGCGUCUGGAAAUGCAGAUAUUGGUGGAGAACAACAGGAAUUUACAGAGCCUUGUAGAAGCUCAGAGACUAAGCAAGAACAGUGACCAGAAACAUCUUGAUGUUCAGUACCUCAAAGAAAAAGAGGAGGAGAUUGCUGAAGAACGACUGGCCAAGAAUAAAGCAAUGGAGGAGAUGCUGAAAAUCAAAGCAGAAUUAGAAGAGACCAAAAAUACCCUCAAAAUGAAAGAGAAAAUUUGUCUUGAAAUGACCCUGGAAAUGGAACAAACAAGAGCUUUGGAGCUGAAAGCAUUUCGUGAAAAAGAAGACAUUAGGUCAAAACUGGAGGAAACGUAUGAAGAGAGAGACAGAAUUGGAAAGGAAAUGGACUUCCUGAGGAAGCAAGUUGACUCUCUUGCCGAGGAGAAUGGGAAAUUACUCGGACAUCAAAACCUAAACCAGAAGAUUCAGUAUAUUGUGAAACUGAAGAAAGAUUAUGCUAAACUUACUGAGGAAACUAAAAGGCUACGAGUUGAAAAUGCUUUUUUGAGAGAAUUAAGAAAAUGUGACGUGUAGGCAUCAUGAUCAGCUACAAUGACACAAAUAAAACUGCAGAGCCAUAUUUUUGAAGUGUACAGAAUAAGAAAAAAGCCAGUUAUCAAACUGGACUUCUGCUGCAGCCGUGGAAUAAUCAUAAUCAAUAUUUGUUUCCUGGAUUUUUUUGCUGGUGGUAACUUUUAGUGAAGAAUUUUACUCCAGCUAUGUGGGCAGCUUUCAGUGACAUAUUAAUACCUUCUUGUAAUUUUUCAAAAACUCAUUUUGUAUAGGUGCUGGAACAUACUUCUUUGAAACUUUUGUACCUUGCCAAGGAGAAGCUUUCUCACUGGGAACACACCUGGAUUUUUGUUGCCUUUUGUGCUUUUAUUCAGGUUCCUAACUCUUCCGAAAUGCUACGUUUUUUUAUCAGAGCUGAAUUUUAAAAAGCACAAUUUUUGUGAUUUUUUUUUUUAAGCAAAACAUAGGCUGUUUUUACUGUGUCAAAAUUGAUUUGUCAAAUUUAUUAACUCUUCAUACUUAUGCGUUGCUUAAAUCAUUUACAUAUUGAAGUUUGUUCACUAAAGCAUGAAUGUGAAUUUAGUAAUAGACUUGUAAAUAGUACUAUGGAUAUCUUCCGGCUUUGUAUUCUUUUCUUUCUCUGUCUGAAGUUAAAAUGCUUUUUAAACAUUGUUCCCCAGUAUGAACUUAUAGGAGACUUUUGUAUUAGCAUUGUAGGAAAUUCUUUUGAAGUAUUUUGCAACCGUUUUCUUAUCAAACAAAAAUUUAAGAACUUUUUAAGUUCUUGUUUAAGAAACAUGAUCUGAAACGAUGUGGAACAAUUUUGGAGUAUAGCAUUAGUUCAUUUAAUCGCACUCGAGAUUUAUUGCAAAUACCUGAAACAUUUAUUAGAGGAACAGAAAACAUUGAUUUAUAUGCCAUUAUCAAACAGUUGUGUGUUUUAGCUUUUUUUUUAUUACUGUCAGUAAUACCAUCAUGCUCUUUUUGGCUACUUCAUACAAUGCUACCUUUGCCCACGGGCCAUGGGGCAAAAGGGAGUGAAGAGAAAGAUGUGUGUCAAGUACCAGCGAGGAUACCUCCUGAGUUUCUUCAGUAUUUGACAUGGGGAAUGAAGAAUUUCCCCCAGCUUAUCUAUGAAUUUUAAAGUUGCCUAAUCCUGAAGACUAGUUUCCUCUUGAACAGUUCUGUGGAGUAUAGAAGUAAAGCACUGACUGUAAAAUGGGGUGCUUUUUUUUUCUGUAGGUGAAUACUAACAGAGCUCAGAAGUAACUAACAACGAUUACAAGCAACCUCGAGGGCCUUUCUCUUGGCCAGCAACGCUGUUGUCUCCUAUAGGCUGUAUUUCUUACUGCUGUGCCCUAGGAUUACAAACGCUCCUCUGAGCAUCCAUGUGCCUUGUGGGACUGCUGCCGGCAGGGUCUCCUGCCCGCUGCUGGCCCAUCACCCCUCUCUCUGUGCUGUACAUCUACGGCUUUCUUGUACUCCAUCCUUUUUUUUCCUAAUUAAGAAAUAAAGCCUUCGUACGUCAA